CGUCUCACACAUGCCCCACCCAUUGCCCGCCUCGCACACAUGACCGUCCCGCCCGUGGAUCAGUAAAAGCACGCCCAACGUGCCGGGUCCGGAGAAUGACGAGGGCUGCGCGGUGGGCAGUACGACCGCGACCACAAACUCCAUUCAGAUCGUCUCUUAGCAGACAUCCUGAUACACCGCUGCAUGAACGGCCGAAAGCCACAUAAACUGCCAUUGCAUCCUUGCUGUAUAGCAGCGCGCGACGAAGGGAAAAGGGACCAACGCGAGGGAGACGCCACCUUAAUAGCGACUCAUCUCGCCAACCAAGAAACUGGAAUCUGAAGUAUCCAGUUUCGGCUCCAUCGUGGCAUUCCCCAGGUGGCAUGUUCCAAGGCUGCCAUUUAUCGAUCUGAACUCCUGCUUUCACCCGAAGAGGGUUCAAUGAAAAUGUCCAUCAUUGUCCAUGAGAACCGCAAGUCGCGGACAAGCUCUGGCUCCAUGAACAUCUACCUGUUCCACAAGUCGUCCUACGCAGACAGCGUGCUGAUGCACCUUAAUGCCCUGCGGCAGCAGAGGCUCUUCACUGACGUUCUGCUACAUGCCGGGAACCGGACCUUCCCCUGCCACCGGGCGGUACUGGCCGCCUGCAGCCGCUACUUUGAGGCGAUGUUCAGUGGUGGCCUGCGUGAGAGCCAGGCCAGAGAGGUCAACUUCCACGACUCCAUUCACCCCGAGGUGCUGGAGCUCCUGCUGGAUUACGCCUACUCGUCACGGGUGAUCAUCAAUGAGGAGAACGCAGAGUCGUUGCUGGAGGCUGGAGACAUGCUGGAGUUCCAGGACAUCCGAGACGCCUGCGCCGAGUUCCUGGAAAAGAACCUGCACCCCACCAACUGCUUGGGCAUGCUUCUGCUCUCCGACGCUCACCAGUGCGCCAAGCUGUCCGAGCUCUCCUGGGGCAUGUGCCUCAGUAACUUCCCAACCAUAUGCAAGACAGAGGACUUCCUCCAGCUGCCCAAAGACAUACUGGUACAGCUGCUCUCUCACGAGGAGCUGGAGACGGAGGACGAGCGGCUUGUUUACGAGUCGGCCCUCAACUGGGUCAACUUUGACCUGGAGCGGAGACACUGCCAUCUCCCAGAGCUCCUGCGCACUGUCAGACUCGCCCUCCUGCCUGCCGUCUUUCUCAUGGAGAACGUGUCCACAGAGGAGCUCAUCAACAGACAGGUCAAGAGCAAGGAGCUGGUGGACGAGGCAAUACGGUGCAAGCUGAAGAUCCUGCAGAACGACGGCGUCGUCACGAGUUUGUGCGCCCGGCCCCGGAAGACCAGCCACGCCCUCUUCCUGCUCGGAGGUCAGACCUUCAUGUGUGACAAGUUGUACCUCGUGGACCAGAAAGCCAAAGAGAUCAUCCCCAAAGCCGAUAUCCCCAGCCCUCGCAAGGAGUUCAGUGCCUGCGCCAUUGGCUGCAAGGUCUACGUCACCGGAGGGAGAGGCUCCGAAAACGGCGUGUCGAAAGACGUCUGGGUGUAUGACACCCUGCACGAGGAAUGGUGCAAGGCGGCCCCGAUGCUCAUCGCCAGGUUCGGGCACGGCUCGGCUGAGCUGAAGCACUGCCUCUUCGUGGUGGGCGGGCACACCGCGGCCACCGGCUGCCUCCCCGCCUCCCCGUCAGUGUCGCUCAAGCAGGUGGAGCAGUACGACCCCGCCACCAACAAGUGGACCAUGGUGGCGCCACUCCGCGAGGGCGUGAGCAACGCAGCCGUGGUGAGCGUCAAGCUGAAGCUCUUCGCUUUUGGGGGCACCAGCGUCAGCCAUGACAAGCUGCCCAAAGUGCAGUGCUAUGAUCCGCUGGAGAACCGCUGGACCGUACCCGCCACGUGCCCGCAGCCUUGGCGCUACACGGCCGCCGCCGUGCUGGGCAGCCAGAUUUUCGUCAUGGGUGGGGACACUGAGUUCUCUGCGUGCUCCGCCUACAAGUUCAGCAGCGAGACGUAUCAGUGGACUAAGGUGGGCGAUGUGACGGCUAAGCGCAUGAGCUGCCAGGCAGUGGCAUCGGGCAACAAGCUCUACGUGGUGGGGGGCUACUUUGGCACGCAGAGGUGCAAAACCCUGGACUGCUAUGACCCUACGCUGGACACCUGGAACAGCAUCACCACCGUGCCAUAUUCGCUGAUCCCCACAGCCUUCGUCAGCACAUGGAAGCACCUUCCAGCUUAGGGGCUGACCUCCAACCCCCCCCCCCCUCCCCCCCCAGAUUUUUCCUGCGUUUUCAACACAUCUACUGGAUUUAAACUGUGAAGAGGCACAAUCUGAAGGUCCUGUGCAGUUAGAAACAUAAGUGAAUUCACUCAUUAGGUUAAUGAUUCCUUUAUUAAACUUCUGAAAAUCUCAAUUUAGUUGGUCAUGCCUCAGAGUAUAUAUUGUUUCGGAAAACGUGAUUUGGUUGGCUUUGCCAAACUUGGGGGCAUUUUUAAAAAAAAAAAAGCCUCGCUGUAUCUCCCACAAUGGUUUUCCAGACAGUAUAUUUUCAGCUCAUGGCAUGAAUUUGGCAUCAGUUCAAUAUUGCAGAUAAUUUUGCAGUGUGAGAGAAACUAAUUUCAAUAGUAGCAAAUGGCUGCACGGGACAAACUAUGAAGGAAAAACUGUUGUUGUUCGGGAUAGACGGACGCUUGCAAGUGGUGUGUUUUUAAGCUGUACCACAAAGUGGAUUCAAUGAAGGAUCGAUCCCCCCCCCCCCUCCUUUUUGGGAACUAAGAAUGAGGAUAAUCGUUUAUCUGCCCCUUUUGGGAAGCACAUGUGGGGGAGGGGGAAGAAAUGGACCCUUUUUUUUUUGUUCCCCCCCCCACCAAAAAAGACAAGGUUGUGCAUGGACAGGUGUAAAAUUUGUGAUUGCUGCGGCCUGAAGUUUUGACGGGCCAGAGUGUGAACGCCAGCUGCAUCGCGGAGAAGAAGCGAAACAUGCCCUGGCAUGUCCUCCUGAGUGAGGAGCUCCGGGAGACUCCGAGGGGAGUCCAUGGGGCCGUCACCCCCCGGGGCGGACACUAACCGUGACUAAAGGAAAUGUACUAUUUUCUUUAUAAUGCAACAUAACAAUAAGGAAAUGCUUGUCUUAAGUCUUAGCUUUAAAGGUGUUUUAUUUAUGAGAAUUAAAUGUCUCUUUUUAUUUUCGCUGUUUUUUUAUUUUCAAUUUUAAUUUAUUGUUUGCUUUCAUUCCGGAAUGGAUGCUCGGCCUGCCUUUACAUAAACAUGCAUGGCCCUUGUUUCCUGUGGAUUGGGCUCCUUUGCA